AUGGGGGUCUUCACGCCGUCGCCGACCAUCAACUACAACUUCGUCGCGGGCGUGUACGCCUUCUUCACUGCGCUGUGCAUUCUGCUAUCGGUGCUGCACUUCUACACGCCGCAGCUGGAGGGCUUCUACAUUGUGCUGGUGCCGUUCGUGCCCUGUUUCCUCUGGAGCCUCGUGGUGCGCCACCGCUGGCUGCAGCAACCCCAAACGGACGAGAACGCGGAUGAGUCCAAGAAAGACAAGUAG